UGCACCCACGUGUGGUGGAGUUAUAUGCUCCGAGCCCCGCAGAGAAGCUGGGAGUGCAGCACUGAGCCAGAUCGGUUAGAGCAGCGGCACGAUGGCUGGCAAGAAAGUCUGCAUUGUAGGCUCCGGCAACUGGGGCUCUGCUAUCGCCAAGAUUGUGGGCGGCAAUGCGGCCCAGCUGUCACACUUUGACCCACGGGUGACCAUGUGGGUGUUUGAGGAAGACGUCGGGGGGAAAAAGCUGACAGAGAUCAUCAACACACAGCAUGAGAAUGUCAAAUACCUGCCAGGGCACAAGUUGCCCCCCAACGUGGUGGCUGUCCCAGAUGUGGUCCAGGCUGCAGCCGGUGCUGACAUCCUGAUCUUUGUGGUGCCCCAUCAGUUCAUCGGCAAGAUUUGUGAUCAACUCAAGGGCCACCUGAAGGCAAACGCCAUUGGUGUAUCUCUUAUUAAGGGGGUAGACGAGGGCCCUAAAGGGCUGAAGCUCAUCUCUGAAGUGAUUGGGGAGCACCUUGGCAUCCCCAUGAGUGUGCUGAUGGGGGCCAACAUUGCCAGCGAGGUGGCUGAUGAGAAGUUCUGUGAGACAACCAUUGGCUGCAAGGACCAGGCCCAAGGAGAGCUUCUGAAAAAGCUGAUGCAGACACCCAAUUUCCGCAUCACAGUGGUGCCAGAGGUGGAUACAGUAGAGAUUUGUGGGGCCUUAAAGAAUAUAGUGGCCGUGGGAGCUGGCUUCUGUGACGGGCUGGGCUUUGGUGACAACACCAAGGCAGCGGUGAUCCGACUGGGGCUCAUGGAGAUGAUCGCCUUUGCCAAGCUCUUCUGCAGUGGCCCUGUGUCCUCUGCCACCUUCUUGGAGAGCUGUGGUAUCGGUGACCUCAUCACCACCUGCUACGGAGGGAGGAACCGAAAGGUGGCCGAGGCCUUCGUCCGCACAGGAAAGCCCAUUGAGCAGCUGGAGAAAGAGAUGCUGAAUGGGCAGAAGCUGCAGGGGCCCCCGACAGCCCGGGAGCUACACAGCAUCCUCCAACACAAGGGCAUGGUGGACAAGUUUCCUCUAUUCAUGGCUGUGUACAAGAUAUGCUAUGAGAACCAUCCAGUGAGUGAAUUCAUCUGUUGCCUGCAGAAUCAUCCAGAACAUUUGUGAGCGGAGCUGGGGCCAGGCCAGGCAGCUUCUUUACCCCAGUGGAGACAGUCAGAAGCUUGGGGUACCUGGCCACCAGGAUCUCUGGGACUCUCCAUGGAGCAGCCUCUUCUGGGGGACAGGAGGCUGUGGGGCCCAACUACCUGCCUGGAGAUCCUGAACCAUCAAGCAGCCCAUAGCCUCUUGCCACCACAUCUCGCCAGAAAUGGAGUUGCCUUGUCCCUCUCCAGAUGCGGGGUUUUCUCCUUGUCCUCUGAAAGGGGUAGAAUCACACCCCAGUCCUGUCUGCUUUGGGUGUGUGUGUUGAGGGGAGGGUAAAGGGAGAGGGAGGCAAGGGCUGCCCACUGCUGCCUCUCACACACCAGAAGUCCUGUCCCCAAGCCCAGUUAAAUGGCUAAAGAAGUACCUCAGCCACAAGAGGAAUUAGGUAAGGGCUGCCAAGGAGGGGUCUGGGCUUUUGAGCCAACACAGGCCCCAGGGACCCCUUUGCUCUGACCUCUGCCAAGCCCCACACAGCAUCAAUGGAUCUCAGUGUUUGUUAACAAAAUACAAAGCUCUCAACCCCC